AUGCCGAGAUUCUUACCAAGUCGAUAUAGUCCCAUCGUUCAGAUAUUGAUCUUGAGCGUCAUCGCUGCUCUCGCAGAAGGCGCUUUCAUCGCUGCAUCCAGUAUCGGAUCGGGCGGGACAUCCUCAUUGCAUCAUUAUAACAUUUCGAGAGCUCUUUUAAACGGCGCUCAAGCGCUGUUCGGGCCUUUCGCAGGCGGUGUCGUCAAUUGGAUCGGGAUCCGUCCCGGUCUAUUCAUCGGCGGUUGUUCGAUGGUGUUGUUAAUCGGCUCGUUUUGGCAAUACAACGUAUCCAAAAACACCACCUUCAUGUACAUCGUCUCUUAUGCUACUGGGACCCUCGGGUGUCUAUUCUGGACUUCGUGGGCAAGUAAUCUAGGUGAAGGGGGAAGCCUUUUGGUCGGAUUGCCCUCAGAAAAGGAUAAAGGGAGAGCUACGUCGAUAGCUUGGGGAAUGAUACAACUCGGAGUCAUCGGCUGCUCUGCCAUUCUGGUCGGAGUCUCGAAUACCAAGGGCGACGCUGUGGGGUUCCCAAACAGUGUCCAGCUCGCCCUCAUCAUCGUUGUGUCCUGUAGCCUGGGCCUGAUCCUUCUCAUCGUCCCGUUCGACAAGGUCGUCAGAACCGAUGGGACCAAAGUAAUCAUACCGAAAAAACCUGCGCUCAAGGACGAAGUCAAAGGGUUAUGGAGAGUCAUGCGCGAUUGGAGGAUAUUCUGCUUGACACCUGCGAACUUUCUCUGUCUACAGUAUAUGGUCUACCACAGCGCUAUCAAUACCGUUCAGUUUACUGGUCGUACCGGCGCACUAGCGAGUCUGGUGGCGGGAGUUGGAUCGGCCUCGGGAGGGUUCAUCACUGGUCAUCUGCUUGAUCGCAAGAACCUCUCGAGGCGAAAAUGCGGGAUCGUCGGUCUGGUCUUUGUCUCUGCAAUCAUGUGGAUCACCUGGAUAGGAGGAGUCGUCAAUCAAACAAAGUUCGAGAGGCACAACCCAGGCCCUGCUAUUGACUGGACGGACAGUCGAGCUGGUCCGCAACUCGCAUUCCGCCUCGCCUUGGGACUGGCUGACGGGUCUUUGCGAAACUUGACCCUCUGGACGAUAGGAACCUUGUCCAAUGAUCCAUCGACCGGGGCUAGAUAUUCAUCUAUCUGGUUGUCAACUUUGGGUGGAGGCGCUGCCUUUUUUCAUAUUCUGGACGGAUACGAGGUCUCCCUACUGGUCGAAGCUUCCCUCCUAUUGGGACAGAGUGUUUUAUGCGUGCCGCUCUUGGCCGUCGUACUAUGGUCUAUCCCGGACGUCACGGUCGAGAGGCUCGAAAAAGAGAAGACAACCGAGGGAUCGCUAGAGUUUGGGAACCAUCUACCUAGCGAGGACACAUGA